AUGGACUUGACUGUGCACAUGCCCACUUUUUCCAACCCAUUCUACACGAGCCUUUUCAGUUGGCAUGUUUAUCUACCAAUGCAAAUCGCGAACACCUGUUGUCGGACUGUUUUCCCUAAUGCCACGAUGGUGGAGGCCAAGCUGCAGUAUCUCGAGUCUGUAAACUUUUCAUGGCAUUGCCAUGGGAUGCCUCACGCCUUGUUUGCAGCCCUGUUUCUUAAGGACUAA